CUCACACGCUCUCGUUCGUGCGCUUGCAGUUGCCGGCGCCGCAAAAACACGCGCUCACGUUUUCAUGCGUCUCGUCGUUCAGAUGCUCCUCUGUGCUCUUAUUUAUAUUGUCCAAUCACUAGUAGGCUGAUAGGAGGUAAUUGGAUAAUUAGAUUUCACCUAACCGAAACGCCACCAGGAGAUUUGUUAUAUAAGAAGAAACCAAAGUAAGGACUUUAUAUUUAUUAAAGAACCAUACGCGCUGCUGUGCGAGAGUCAGUGAGCCUCAGUGGCGUUGGAGUUCAAGUCACGUUGCAUCAGAGUAGAUGUGCUCAUACGCUGAGCCAUGGAGGCGAGAGGAAGUGGACAGGUCUGGGUUUAGCGCGAGACAUUUUAACCUCAUUUGCAAUCAUCUCUAGCAGGACUUCAACACGUCUAGAGAAGAUCCUCUUGCCCACAGGAUUUUUAUAGCCAUUUUUUGCAUUCACUCUGUUCUCAUUGCGCCGUGAACGUCGAUAUGGAAUGAACGGGAAACAACUAGUCAGUGUGGAUCUUCGUGGCAUCGCCUCAUGUGAUUUGUUCGUACCAGAGUUCCGGGACACAAUGGGUUAGAUAGAAGUCACGGAUGGACCAUUAUUUCAAGAAAGCACGAGUUUGCGUUGAUCUCACAGGGAUUAUACAGAAGACACUUGACUUUUUUUUUAGAGAAGCUGUUUGAGUAAAAGUGUGGAGGACCUCUACAUUUGAUUCUCUCCGCUAAUUCAGUGAAAACAUCGGGAUGCGCUUUUGGAGGAAGACGCCGUCGGGUCUUGUAUAAACUAUAGGCUUGUGGCGAGGAUUCGCUUGGAAACCGCGGUGUGAUUAAAUCGACCCCCCCACAGACAUCACACACACACACACACACACACACACACACACACACACACACACACACACACACACACACACACACACACACACACACACACACACACACCCUUUUCCUACGUUCUCAAAUGGCUAACGCGCCAAACCAUUCGCGGGGCCGUAAUGAUAGUUAAGGGAAAUAAGCGUCUUGAAUUCCGCAAAGGUCUGUGACAAGAAAUUUAAUCAGGUACUGGAUAAAGGAAGAAGGAAAAAAGUUCCAACCAAAACCGCGGCGACGGAAUGAACCAGUCUAGGUGCUUUCCUUUUACUUUCUGGCAAAGGACGGCAAGGGGAAUGUGGACAGCGGUCAGUUUCAGCAGUAAUAGGCUACUGUUGAAGGAGAUGCUGUAAGUGAUGGCGAGGCUGUGCAUAAACCCACAAUACUGAUCAUUAAUCAGCGUUAUUAAAGAAUUGAUCACCAACGCCAAAUGGGAUCUGAAUUUAUUUUCAUGCAGUGGCAGGAAAAGUGCUGGUAUCUGUCGUAACUAUGGACAAAUCGGUGUCCAGUUAACACGACAUGCUUUGUACUGCAUCACAAAGUGGCGCGUGUCAGUUUGAUAUUUCACCGUAUAGAAAAAGUACACCGAAUAACACAUGGAUGCGCAGGUUUCAGAUUUCAGACUUAGUGGAGGAUCUAGAGAUUUUUGGCUUCGAGGUGUAGCCUAAAGAAAAACUGUGCGCAGGAGAAUUGCGGAUGGAGUUUCGUCGCGUUUGUCGUGUGGAAGGAGUCCAAGUGUGCGCUCCCUGCAUUUGACUGAUAAAAAAAAGGGGGGAAAAAGAAAACAGAAAAGGUGGGCCACCGAGUGAAACUGGGUGUGAAGAUGUCCAGAGACUGCUGGCACUGUGGAUAAUUUGGCAGCUUUCACAUUACAACGCACCUCAAAGAGUGGACAGCCAUCCUACGAAUUAUGAAUGUUGAACAAGAUGACCUUCCUCCCACAGCAGCAGACGAUGAGAGGUCCUAGGUGGAAUCGGGCCUUGUCCGACCCAUUGUUUAUACUGUUGUUGGCAUUGCAAUUGCUAGUGGUCGCUGGCUUGGUGAGAGCCCAGACUUGUCCCUCCGUCUGCUCUUGCAGUAAUCAGUUCAGUAAGGUCAUCUGUACACGUCGUGGCCUGCGAGAUGUACCAGAUGGUAUCUCUACCAACACAAGGUACCUAAACCUACAAGAAAAUUUAAUUCAGGUGAUCAAAGUAGACAGCUUCAAGCACUUACGUCACCUGGAAAUCCUGCAGCUCAGCAAGAACCAUAUCCGUAGCAUUGAGAUUGGAGCCUUUAAUGGGUUGGCCAGCUUAAACACACUGGAACUCUUUGAUAACAGGUUAACUACAAUACCUAAUGGAGCAUUUGAGUAUCUGUCAAAGUUAAAAGAGUUAUGGCUGAGGAAUAAUCCUAUUGAGAGCAUACCAUCUUAUGCCUUCAAUCGGGUGACGUCCCUGAGAAGGCUGGAUUUGGGUGAGCUGAAAAGGCUCUCAUAUAUUUCAGAAGGUGCUUUUGAGGGCCUAAGUAACCUACGUUACCUGAACCUUGGCAUGUGUAAUCUAAAGGAGAUCCCUAAUCUCACACCUCUGGUACGUUUAGAUGAGCUGGAGAUGUCAGGAAACCAGCUUUCAGUUAUACGUCCAGGUUCUUUCAAAGGCCUUGUCCACUUGCAAAAACUGUGGAUGAUGCAUGCUCAGAUCCAAACAAUCGAAAGGAAUGCCUUUGACGAUCUUCAGUCACUUGUGGAGCUGAAUUUGGCUCAUAAUAACCUUACCCUGCUCCCUCAUGACCUAUUCACACCAUUACACCAUUUGGAGAGGGUGCACUUGCACCACAACCCAUGGAAUUGUGACUGUGACAUUCUCUGGCUUAGCUGGUGGCUCAAGGAAGUGGUACCAGCCAAUACCAGCUGCUGCGCUCGUUGCAGUACCCCUGCGAGCCACAAGGGAAGGUACAUUGGUGAGUUGGAUCAAAAUUAUUUCCACUGUUAUGCACCUGUUAUUGUGGAGCCACCUGCUGAUUUGAAUGUGACAGAAGGCAUGGCUGCAGAACUAAAAUGCCGGGCAAGUUCACUGACAUCAGUCAGUUGGAUAACCCCCAAUGGGUCCAUCAUGACACAUGGAGCAUACAAGGUGCGCAUUUCUGUGCUAAAUGAUGGGACAUUAAACUUUACAAAUGUCACAAUGCAGGACACAGGUACAUAUACAUGUAUGGUUAGCAACUCAGCAGGCAACACCACUGCCUCUGCUACACUAAAUGUGUCUUCAACAGAGAACAGCAGUUUCAGCUACUUUACCACAGUGACAGUAGAGACGAUUGAGCCAACAAAUGAUGAAGGGCACACGAUAAUACACCAGAAAGUGGGUCCAACUCCUUCUUCUGGAGUGUGGGAGACAUCUUCUGCACUUUCAUCAACAACAACCACAACAACCCGAACACAAGUCUCCACAAAGGCCACAGAAAAAACAUACACCGUCCCAGUCACAGCACCGGGAGAUGGCUCCCUCAAUACCCUAGAUGAGGUGAUGAAGACCACAAAGAUAAUCAUUGGCUGCUUUGUGGCCAUCACACUAAUGGCUGCAGUUAUGCUUAUCAUCUUCUACAAAAUGCGCAAACAGCAUCACCAGCAGAAUCACCAUGCGCCACCAAGAAGCAUUGAGAUCAUCACUGUAGAUGAGGGUUGCAUGACUGCUAGACCAAACAUGGAGGAUCAUCUGACUAUGCCGCCACUUGAGCAUGAGCAUCUUAACCACUACAAUACCUACAAGACAGCAUAUAAUCAUGCAUCCACCAUUAACUCUAUACACAGCUCCGCACAUGAACCUUUGCUUAUUCGGGCCAGCUCAAAAGACAAUGUACAAGAAACCCAGAUCUGAACUCUUUUUCAUAAUGGUUAAAAAAAAAAACAAAAAAAAAAAAACUAAAAGAAAAAUAUCUGACAUUUUCAAUCUAAAUAAAAUGGCUCAAGGUACUGAUGACAUGGAAGUCCAUGAGCAACAAAAAGCGAAUGACGAAGGCAAUUCAAUGACUGGGCGCUAGGGUAUGUUAAUUGUUUCAAAGUGUCUUUACCUAACAGAAGUUAUUUAUUUAUGAAAAAACUCUAUUGUGGUUAUUUCAAGAAAAAAAUGCAUUCUGCAGUUAUUUUUCCAGCAAUCAUUUCAACGUGUUUUAUGUUGGGAUUCGUAAGAAUGUUUGGAUUACUAAUAUGUUUUAAAACUCUAUGUAAAUCUUCACGAUCAUUCAUUUCAUGCUAUGUGCUGAUUCAGUAAGUUGUUCACACCUAACUAUGAAAUUUUCUUCUUGGUUCUCAUGGUUUAUUUAUUUAUUUGUUAUUUAAAAGUCACCACUUUUAAAAUCCCUGCAUGCCAUUUUAGAAGCAACUCUCCAACACCAACAUUCUUAUUGACCAGCUACUAAUUCCAAUAAAUUCCUGGAUUAUUUAGAGCUGAUCAAUUAAUUGUCAGAAAAUAUUAGUCUGGUUUUGAUUAAAUAAGAUGUGGUUGGCAUUUCCAUCUCUGGGAUUGGUGACAAAUGUGCCAUUAUUUGAAAAUAGGUGGACUGUCUGUCAAAUAUAUGCAUUACAGUUUGUUAGAAUGUGAAAAUUUAGGCAUAAUAUUAAAACCAAAUGUGCUUAAUAGCAAUUUGGAUGGAAUGCUUGAAAAUUCAUUUUUAUUUUCUUUGUCCAAUGAAAUAUCUGAAUGAUGUCAAUGCCCACAAAUUUUAGCCCACAUACAGUAGAUCAUAGUGCCGUAUAGUUUCCACACCCUUUUCCCAGUUGUGCCUGUUUGUACCUGUUCAGACUCCUAAUUAAUGCCAUUUGAACACUUUCUCUACUUCUUCCACCACAUUUUGCCUAUAGUAUUUAAUUUAUGAGUGUGUCUCAAACAAAGCAUGGAUUAUGACACAGGCCCAAGGAACAGUAUAUAUAGCAGUGGCUUCAAGCAGAUGUUAGGUUUGCAUCUGCCUCAUAGAUGGCACCCUUUCCAUUUUUAGCAAGUCAUAGAGUGUGUUGAGACACAUUCAAAUUCAUCAAUCCUGGGAGCCAUUCAAAGCCUGAUGCAUGAAUCAAUAAGCCAUCAAUAAGAAGUCAGACCUAGUACCCUUCAGAUCUAAGGCUACCCAAGAUUCCCCAGGUGUCUUUUUAUAGAUUACAGUAUGCGAACUGAAACUUUUCCAUGCCUACAUUUUCGCUAUUAAAUAUGUUUAACCAAAAAGCAUUAAAAUAUUAAAAACAAAUUGUGCUAUGCAUUUUGCAAAUGGAUGAAAAAGGUAAAAUGUAUCCCUCUGCUGAUUAAACAUGUAAGUGUCAAGAAGUUUAUAGCCAGGAGAGCAUCCUCUAAUAAUGUAAAAUAAUUAUAAUGAGUUGGCCAACACAGUCACUAUGGUAACCAGUGACCUUGAAUGAGAAGGUAAUAGCUUAUGGAACACCCACUGACCUGACACUUUAAUGUAUUCAGAGCUAAAGUACAUGGAGAGACCCACAUUAGUGCCAAAAGAAGACUCAUUUGAAGUGCAUUGUUGAGAUCAUAAAGCCAUUCUCAUAAUUGUUAACAUGAAAUUUCCUUCUAUCAUCAGUCAACGAACACAUUGCAUGAAAACAGGAACAUAUUUAGUAAUUAUAAACAAAGUCCUUGCUAGACAACUUCAGUGGGCUCUCAAUUAUAUGUCUAAAAACCAUUAACGAUCAAAGCUCAAACAUCUGUGAGCCUGUGAUCAUAGCAUUGAUCUGUUCUCAGAAAGAUUCUUGUAAAACGAGUAUUUGAAGAAAGACACACACCUUCACUCAAACACAUCACUCACAGGUUUUGAUGUCGGAGGAAAAUCUCAUCACACACAAAAUGCAUAUAGAAAUUCCAAAGUAAUUCAGUUUUGUUCAAUUUAAUGUAAUAUGAUUUUAAAUCAUUUACCCUAAACCUGCUAACCCAAGCCUAUCCAUUUGUAACCUAUAAAAGCAAUGGACUCUCAAAGCCAUGGUUAUAUAAACAUCUCCUAUGUCUGGUUAAGAUUAAUGAAAGGUAUCCAUGUUUCAUUUUAAAGUGCUACUUUUCUAAACCACAUUUCAUAUCCAAUAAUGCCAACCUUGUAUAAAAAAAAAAGAUGAUUAUGGUAAUAAUGCCUUGAGAUCAGCACAUUGUUGUGUGUUUUAUCAACUCUUGCUUUGUUUGUGAACUUAGAUCAUUGUCUAAAGACUCCAUUCUUCUGAAAUGUCCUUUUGUCUCAUAACUGUGCUUUGAUUCAAUUUUAGUUCUUUCUCAAAAGCUCUAUGGUAAAUUCUUGUGUGAUGGCUUUUUUUUUCUUUUGUCUCAUUAUGAAAGCAUCUGUUUUGUACUGAAGAAGGAGCAAGUGAGUUUUUCUCCCUUCUGCACAUUGUUUUCUUCUUCUUUAAGAAGGAAUGCUGUUCUAGCGAUAGAUUUAUAUAAAAUUUUGUGGGAAAAGGGACUUCAAUUUUACAUGUGCCAACCUGUUCUAAAAAAUGAAAAAGGGAUUUGUGUUGGAAAACACAAAAUUGAUUUUCAUGUAAGCAUACUUUCAUGACCUUUAAAAAUCAAUUAUAGAAAAAGGAGUUUGUAGUUCAUACACAAAAAUAUGGUUACAAAUAA